UGGAGUUUGGCGAAGAAGGAUUACUACAAGAGCCGGUGAGCCCUGGUGGUCAGUUCAUCAACAGCUCUGUCUUAUCUCUUGCAAUUCUUGCCGUUUUGGAAUCACAAGUUCCAAUCGACGAUUCUCAAACAUUUUUUCUUCUGAAAAAUGUCUUCCUACCGAUCAAUCCACGCUUCUCUUCCAUCAUGGUUGAAGGUGCAGAUAAAAAAAUAAGCAGUGGAAGAAGGUUACAGUGAAGCUGGAAGACCACGUCCAUGUCCCCAUUUUCCCCUCUGGAAUGUCAUCACCUGCAUCAUACGAUAUUUUCUUUGAUGAGUAUAUAACGAAGAUAGCAUCAGAAACAUUCCCACAAAGCAGGCCAUUAUGGGAACUUCAUCUUUUCAAGUACCCAACAAGUCAUGCAGCUGGACACAUGAUAUUCAAGAUCCACCAUGCCCUUGGCGAUGGCUACUCUCUCAUGGGCGCUCUUCUCUCUUGCCUCCAGAAUGCUCACAAUCCUUCCAUUCCUCUGACAUUUCCGACAUUAAAGAGUGCAAAAAAUGAAACUAGUAGUCGAUCUCGUGCGUUUGAGUUUAUGCCGAAGAUACUUUCUUCCGUUUUCAACGGUGCAUGGGAUUUCAGUUGGAGCAUUUUGAAGGGCACUUGGGUUGAAGAUGAUCGAACACCAAUAAGGUCCGGUGUUGAAGGAGUUGAGUUUCGACCUGUGUCGGUGUCAACCUUGAUGCUGCCUAUUGAGGAAAUUAAACUUAUCAAGAACAAGCUUGGAGUGACGAUAAAUGAUGUGAUUACAGGAACAAUCUUUAUGGGCAUCCGAAUGUACAUUCAAGAGAUGAAUAGUGAAAAAUCAAGUAGGCAAAAUUGCACAGCACUGGUGUUGCUGAAUACUAGACUAGUUGCGGGUUACAAGUCAGUGCAGGAGAUGUUGAUCGAAACAAAUAAGUCUUGGGGAAACCGAUUUGUGUUCUUGCAAGUCUCGGUGCCCAAGUCGAGUGAAGUUUCAAAGCCACUGGAUUUUGUGUGGGAAGCACGUAAUAUAAUCCAGAGACAGAGAAAAUCUUCAGCUUGGUAUCUCACCACUAGGCUCUGGGACAUUUUGAAGAAAUUUAGAGGCGCUGAGGCAGUAUCUAAAUAUAUCUAUCGUACACUGAAAAACACAAGCAUAGUAAUCACAAAUAUGAUUGGGCCAUUGGAACAAAUGAGUCUCGCCAAUCACCCCAUUGAAGGAAUUUACUUCACAGUGACUGGUGCACCUCAGGCAGGACAAUGGAGCGCGUAUGUUGCUCCGGUCAUUGGACUCGAUUGGACGGUAGCGCAUUGGGGAGAGUGUUGGGGAAUGAGGGCUCCGGGCAUCGAUUUUGUUUUGGAUCCUCAUGGUGGUGGUUGUAAGGGUUCGCGGUUUUGUGGUGUUGUUGUUGCCAGCCUGGUGAUCCGUUUCCAUGGGUUUGUGGUCGGCGGCCUCAGCUCGUCUGCUUUAGGGGUCAGAAGGACCCGAAUCUGGGAUCCUGGUGGUUUGCAAAGGGAUCCAGAUCUGAGAUCCAGGAGGGAGUUGGGCUUGGGCUGCUUCCCACUAUUUUUGUUGGACUGUUGCUCAUUUGCUAAAAUGGUUUGGGGCUCCUAUACGUUAUUGGUAUUGGAUUCGGGACCCAAGUCUUUAGUAUCUGUUCGUAAAAGAUUGUAUGCCAACAUGGCCAUGUUCUAA